AUGAGUAAUCUCAAGACCUUAUUCGAUAUCAAAGACAUGCCGCGAGACGAGCUGUGUUCAUUCUGUCACGUGGAGAAGCCCCGUUUCAUGCAGCAGUCGAGUGCCUAUUCGACCUAUGAUGAAGAUUGGAAAGGCGACCUGGAGUACGUCUACUCGACUUGUGGCCUCAGCGUUCCGACUGAGGUCAUUCCGCCUCUGAUGGAGGCCGAGCCUGAAUCGCCAGGACUCUGCAUCUCCGACGAGUUCUACACAACCUCAUCGGGCGACACGUGCGACUCCAUUGCGCUCGCACAUAAGGUCGCAUCCGCCGCACAAUACAUGGUAAAUUCGGAGCUCUACGGAUGUGAUUCCAUCACCACAGGCCAGGAACUCCGUUUGCCCCUCUCGUGCCCGAAGACGUACGCCCUCCAAGAGUCCGACUCGUGA